CUUCAGUUUAGCUCGGGCGCCAGGAAAGCCCCCCUCGCUUGCGCAGGGUGGCUUGAACCUUGCAAGGACAGGGUCGCAGGGGAGGAAGAGAUGAAGCCUGGUCUUUGGCGUCGGCUCUUUCUCUCCUUCUGCUCUCUCUGCUCGGAUUCUCGCUCUCUGAGUUUGAACGGCCCAUGGGUGUGCGCAGGUGUGUUGUGUGGUCAUCGUCUUGGCCUGGUGCUUGCUUUCCCAAAACAUUUGAUCCCCCCCCCGGGCCCCGACCAUGAUGUCUCGCACAUACCCUGUCCUCUGCAAGGUGCCUCUGCCUCUCUCUGGCUCCUACUGCCCUGGUUCGAAAGGAAGGGGUCCGUGAUCGACCUGGAGACGAGGGUCGAGAAAGAUGGGAGGAAAAGAGUUUGGGAAUGGAAUGGGAUGCAGACGGAACGGCAACGGAGUUCCUGGGAAAGGCCCGGGGUCAAGACUCAAGGGGGGAGGGUUGGGGAAUCCCUAACUUGUGAGGGCCAAGGCAUGAAGAAGGCCUCGAGUUCCGAGAACUUCUCAGGCACAAUUGUGCAACAGAAUGGCAUCGGAUGAAGCGGUGACUCGUCCGUUGUUGCUUGCCAAAGACCAAAUGACAGGCUCCAUCACGUCUUGUCCCGCCGAUGUCGUCCCAAGUCUUCCGCCGUGACAGCUCCGGUCGCUCUGAUGUUUUGCGACUGCUUUAAUAUGCUUAUGGCAGCAGUUUCCUCCAUCCUCAUGUGUGUGUGCAUGGGUACCAAUUAUUAGGAGUGAGUGGUCGUUGUUGAUCAGAGUUUCGGAGUGGGUGUCUGUGUCUGCGACGACACUGAUAGAAUUUGCAUUCCCGUUCGUAUUUUGCAUGUCUGCAACUCUGCAUUUUGCCAUGUGUGCUGCCCUGUGACAGAAGAGCCUCCCUGAGACUUGACGACAACUUGGCAUGGCACUUGGAGAAACGACGACCACGUAAUACCCUCCCCAGACCCCAAGAGGCUUGAGGCCUG